CUCGUCCGAAUCUAGUGCUUACUGGAUUGCUAUCGUUGAUCUCAUCCUAUUCACCGAUCUACUUCAGGAAGUUGACUCAGAAAAGAUUCACCCAUGGCCAUUGGGGAGAUCCUUUUGAGUGCCUUCCUUCAGGUCCUGUUCGAGAAGUUGGCUUCUCUGGGAUUGGACUAUGUGCAAAGGGAAGGAGCACCGCCCUUCUCUGAAAUUAGCAUCGACCUGCUCAAUAAGUGGAAGAAGAAGCUGGUUACAAUAAAUGCAGUGCUGGAUGAUGCAGAUGACAAGCAACUGAGUGGUAAAGGUCCAGUGAAGCUAUGGUUGGACGAUGUUAGGGACUUGGCCUACGACAUGGAAAACUUGCUUGAUGAGUUCGCGAUUGAAGCCACCCAAGCCAAGUGGGAGGCAGAAUCCAACACAAGUAAAGGUCCGGUGAAAUGGAAGUUCCCUUUCACUAGCCGAAAUAAAUCCUCCAUAUCGAACCCAAACCCAUGCUUGCUCGUGUCUGAAAUUGAGGUACAAAAGAUCACUGAUAGGUUGGAAGAGAUCGUCACUAGGAAGGCUCAUCUAGGUUUGAUAGAGAAUGCUGUUAACAAAUCUAACUUUAUUGACAAAAGGCUCCCUAGCAGUUCUCUGCCAGAGCCUCGAUUUUUCGGCAGGGAGAAGGAAGAAGCAGAAUUACUUGAACUAUUGACUGGUGAAGCCGAAAAUGCCAAUACCACGUUGAGCGUAGUCCCCAUAGUUGGGAUGGGUGGCAUUGGAAAGACGGCCUUAGCUCAACGAUUGUAUAAUGAUUCCAGAGUGAAUAGCUGUUUCGAGAGGACAGCAUGGGUUUGUGUUUCAGAUGUUUUUAAUGUUCUCGACAUAAUAAAGACUAUUUUGCGGUCGAUCAUCGAGUUGUCCAACGAGAGUGAAGAUCUUAAUAGGCUUCAAGUUAAGUUGAAGGACAAUCUACCGGGGAAAAAGUUUCUUGUGGUUUUAGACGAUGUUUGGAAUGAAAACUACUUAGAAUGGACUGCGCUCUUAAAGCCAUUUGAAGCGGGGGCCAAGGGAAGCAAGAUAAUCGUCACGACUCGCAAUCGUACUGUUGUUUCCAUAGCCGGAGCUUCGUCGUAUACUUUGAAGGAGUUGUCCCUUGAUAAUUGUACAAGCUUAUUAGCCUUUCAUGCUCUUAGAGAAACAAAUUUUGGGAGACAUCCGGAUCUUGAAAACUUAGGCAAGAAAAUAGCUGAAAAAUGUAAAGUUUCACCUUUGGCAGUGAAGGUAUUGGGCGGUCUCCUACGUGAUAAAGGGAAUCCCAAUCAAUGGGAAGCUAUCUUAAAUAACAAAAUGUGGGAUCUUCCAACGGGAGAAAAUGAUGAGGUUCUUCGAGUUUUGAAUUUGAGCUAUGCCCAUCUUCCUUCUUAUUUGAAGAGAUGUUUUGUUUAUUGUGCGAUAUUUCCAAAGGAUUACGAAAUUGAAAGGGAUGAGCUAGUAUUGUUAUGGAUAUCAGAGGGCUUUUUAGAUGGACAAAGAGCAAAUGAGAAUAUCUUGAAAUGGGGACGGACUCACUUCAAUGAGUUAGUAUCUAGAUCAUUUAUUCAGCAAUCAAGUGUCAACACAUCUAAGUUUUCAAUGCAUGAUCUUUUGAAUGAUCUUGCAAAGUCAAUUGCAGAUGGGACAUGCUUUAACUUUGAGUCUCAGCUGGUAGGUAAUGAAGAUGAUGCAUCUCUUGAGAAAGCUCGUUAUGCAUCAUUCACCUCGUUCCGGUGUCUUCCAUCAAAAUGUAUGAGAGCAUGUCACCGAAUGAAGGUACUAAGAAGUUUAAUGUUCUUGAGUGAUAGAUCUAAUUGGGAUAACAAAUUUCACGUUUCUAACAAAGUACUACUUGACUUGCUGACAAAAUUGAAGUACUUGAGGAGCUUCUCAUUAUGUCAUUGUUUCAUCAUAGAGGUACCGAAUUGUGUUGGUGAUUUAAAACAUCUUCGAUAUCUCAAUUUCUCGUACACUGAUAUCGAAAGGCUACCUGAGUCAAUUGACGGCUUGUGCAAAUUACAAGCUUUGAUCUUAAGAGGUUGUCAAAAGCUUUCUAUGUUGCCUCAAGGAAUCACAAAAUUGGUCAGCUUACAGUUUCUUGACAUUAGAGAUACAGGGAGUCUAAAAGGGAUGCCAUUGAGUAUCGGUAAUUUAAAGAAUCUUAUAAUCUUGUCCAAGUUUGUGGUAGGACCAAGCAAAGGGUCACAGUUAAAGGAGCUAAAGAACUUGUCACAUCUUCAAGGAGAAUUGUUCAUAUCAGAAUUGCAAAAGGUGGAAGGAGUUAGAGAUGCGGUUGAUGCUAAUUUAAUUGGAAAGCGAGGCCUUAGCAGCUUAUUCUUGCAUUGGGGUGAAAAUUUUGGAAAUUUGCGGAAUGGAAAGUGCGAAGCACUGGUGCUUCGCUCUCUACGACCUCACACUAAUCUUGAAAAUCUCACCAUCUCGUAUUAUGGCGGUGCAAUAUUCCCCUCAUGGUUAGAUGAUCCAUCCUAUUCUAAUAUAGUGUCUUUGUGCUUGCGGGGCUGUCCUAAUGUUACAUCACUGCCCUCACUUGGACAACUACCUUCACUAAGAGAAUUAUCUGUUGAAAGUCUACAUAUAGUAAGCAUGAUUGGCUCUGAAUUUUAUGGCAGUAAAAGGCCAUUUUCAUCCUUAAGAACUUUGAAGUUUGAAGAGAUGUUGGCAUGGAAGGAUUGGUAUGUUGGAAGCCUAGAAGAAGAAGUCCCAUUCUCUUGUCUUCAGUAUCUUGUGGUUCGGAGUUGUCCUUCAUUGGUUGGGACAUUGCCUUGUCAACUUGAUCAUCUCAUAAGGCUUGAAAUCUAUUCAUGCCCACAUUUGAAUAACUCGACCAGUGUGAUUUCUCUUCCAUCUCUCCGUGAGUUAUAUAUUGAGGAUUGUAAAAAGGAGAUCUUAGAGAGCUUGGUCAACCUAACUUCUUUAAUCAUUCUCAAAAUCGACAAUCUGACAGAGCUUGUUUGCUUUGAUAAUGGGUUUAUGAGCUGCCUGAUCAAGCUAAAGGAGCUCCAUAUAGGAAGGUGUGACAAGUUAACAUACUUGUGGCCAGAUGGAAAUGAAAUGCGAAAUCUUACUUGCCUCGAGGAUUUAGCCAUCAAAAGCUGUCCUCGAUUCACAUCUUUUGUGGCAGGAGAAGGAGAGAUAGAGUUGCCGUGCAACCUUGAAAGGAUAAAAUUGACAGACUGUAUGAGUUUAGAAAAUUUUCCAAGCAAGGUACACACAUUCAGACAUUUGAGCAUUGGGGAGUGUCCAAAACUCAAGGGACAAACUAUUCCUCUAGAUGACCAUAGUAGUAAUAGCUCGAUAUUUCAGCUUGAAUAUCUACGGAUAGUUAAUUGUGAUUCUCUGACAUCCUUUCCGUUUGUCAAGGAUAAACUUACUGUUCUGAAGACACUAACUAUUUACAAGUGCAAGGGAGUGAAGUCGCUGGAAGAGAUCACUGUAGAAUCCCUCAAGCUUAUGUCUAUUAAUGACUGUGAGAAUUUGAUAAGCCUUCCACAGUGCCUUCACACGCUCUUCCAUCUCACUUGUUUGGAAAUAAGGCACUGUCCAGCAUUGGAGAUACUCCCUCCCCUUCCCAUCACCCUAUCAAUUUUCGAACUUGUGGGUUGUCCGAAGCUAAAGUCUCUACCAAAUCAGUGGCAUCAUCUUACCUCCCUCCAGGAGCUAGACAUUUGGGAAUGCCAAAAUAUCAAAUGCUUGCCCAAAGGAGGUUUGCCCCCCAAUUUGCGGAGCCUUGUAAUUUGGAAUUGCGAGAAUCUGAAGCAGCCAGUGAGAGAAUGGGGCUUACCCUUCCUCCCAUUCCUCGAGACACUGGGAAUUGACUUGAGCAUGGGAGGGGAGGCAGAGAAGGUGCGGUUUCCUUCGGAGGAGGAUGAGGACGACGAGGAUGCGUGGAGUCUUCUCUUUCCUUCCUCUCUAAUCAUUUUUGGGAUAUUUAAUUUGAGGGAGGCGGAAAGACUAUCAAACGGUCUUCGCAACCAUCUCUCCUCUCUCAAAGUGUUAGGGAUUAUCAAUUGCCCCAAGUUGAGGGACUUGCCAGAGGAUGGCCUCCCUCCCUCCCUCCAGCAAUUGCGCAUAGGUGGAUGCGAGAAUCUGAAAGAUGGAUGCUCAAAACUCACUGGCCACUAUUGGCCCCUCAUCCAAGACAUCCCGAGCAUCGAGAUUGAGGGCGUUCGGAUCCAGUGAAUUGAUUCGUCCAUGUACAAUAUCUUUGUGAUCUGCAUUGGCAAAAUCUCUUGGAAGGAUCACUUGCGAACGCUGUUGAGAUUGUUUGCUGUUGUGGAUGACAUCUUCUGCUUGUUUCAAGGACAUAUAGAGAAUGUUGUUCUUCUUAAGCAGCAGUAUGGAUUGAGCAAGACCGCCAAUGAGGUCAUCAUCGUCACAGAAGCUUAUAGAACUCUGAGGGAUCGGGGGCCUUACCCUGCUGAUCAAGUCGUGAGACAUAUCGCUGGAAAUUUUGCUUUUAUGACAUUCAACGGCUUUUCUAAAACCGCUUUCUGGAUGUUGAUGGAAGUGUUUCUUCUGGGCAAAUGAUUUUUUUUCGGUUCCUAUGAUUUGCUUUUUCCAUGUACAGUCAGUUUUCUAGGGUUUGGGUAAGUUUUUGUUUUUGAAGGCAUCUAUUUCGAUUUUGCUUCCUCAAUUCGAUGCUUAAUACAAACUGACUUUCCUCAUGGAGAGUUUUCACAUAAAUUUCCGAAAACCAGCUGCUGAAGGUGAACGAUUGACAUCUGUAGGACAAAAUGUUUACAGUGCUGCCUCUUGCUCUAUUGAUGAUCUACCUUCAACUUUGCUUGAUGCCCAAAAAGUUUGCUUAUUUUUGCACUUGACUGACCCACCAAACAAAUUGUGAAUGAAAAUGCACUAUGCUUUGCGUGAGAAUCACGAAAGAAUCAUAGCGUUCCACAAUCACAUUCCUCUGCAUUUUUAGCAUUUGUUGUAUGUUUUCUUUCAACAUCUUUCUCUUGUGCCCUAGCAAUUCACUGUGGUUGUUUUGCAGAUACCAUCGUGAUUUGUAUUGGAAAAAAUCUCUUGGAAGGAUCACUUGCAAAUGCUGUUGAGGUAGGGCUAAUGAUGUCAAAGUUAAGAGUCAUUUUUUGCAAUUAACAAAAUAGAAAAGAAGAGUUUAAUUUUAUUUGGUGGCACUGAUAUGUCCUAAUUUUUCUUCUGGUGAAUAUGAUCUAAAUCAGAAUAAUCUUUCCUAAAAUCUAAAAACAUGAUUAGUUAUGUGGAUGCUGUAAUAUGAUUGUGAAGAAAGGAGGUGUUAGUUUUUUUUCAAAAUGGUUUUCUUUAUCAUCGAGACCUUCAUUUGUUGAUGAUGAUCCUUCAUGGUAUUAACCAGUCGAUCUGGGAUAAAAUUCUAGGGCAGCUCAUGGCUCCAACCUUUCAAUACAACUCCAAUUCAUGACAACAUUGAUAUUCCAUAAAUCACCUUCCGUUUGGGUCUUGAUCUCUGGUGGGUUAGGAACUAUUACUAAUGGCUUGCUAGAAAUUUUUAGCCAAUAUACUUAUGCUUGUUUGGUUGAGAUUGCGUUAAUAUGCUACCUGCCUCUGUGUUUGCAUUGUCAGCAGUGACCUCUGGGGCCAAUCUAUUCAAUUCUUUAAAGUAUCAGUAUGUUUACUCUACCGUGGAAUAUUAUUUCGUCAUACAUGAUGUCAGUUUAUCUAAAAAUACCUUCUUAUGUCGCAUUCUUCCUGCAGGGAGUUUCGGAACAAAAGCUUUGAGCCCACUUCCGUUCCUUUGGUGUAACAGGCAAUUUUUCACUUCAACCAAUGUGUAUCUUGUCUGAUACAUCUCCUUCCUCUUUGCGUAUGACAUCGUGAAGCUCUAUUAGAGGUGGUCAGAAAAGCAGAGUUGCAUUUGCCGAGAUAACUUUCAAGAAACCUCACAUAGAUUUGCUUGACGAGCCAUCCAAUCAUCUUGACUAGGAUGCGGUUGAGGCGCUCAUUCAAGGUCUGGUCUUGUUCCAAGGAGGAAAUUUGAUGUUUAGUCUCGAUAAGCAUCUAAUAUCUGGAAGAGUGGACGAGCUCUGGGUGGUUUCUCAAGGCAAGGAGACGCCUUUCCAUGGGAAUUUCCAGGAUCAUAAGAAGAUACUUCAGUUCUCGUUGAAUCAGGCGAGUUUAGUUCUUGCCAUCAGCCAAGAGUGGUUCGACAAUUAAAAACUGAGUCGGGAUUGCAGUCCUGGUAUAAUUUAUGACCCUUUACCCAUUUUAUCCUAGCAAUAGGUUCGUUUUUUGAGCCCCUGGAAGUUUCAUAGUCCAUCACCUUGAAGUCAGCUUUCCUGUACACAGUAAAAUGAUUUAAUUAUUUGCGAAAGAACCCUUUUUGCACAGUACAUUAUUUUGUAAGACAGUGAGCACAACUUAUACAAAAAAUUUUAUGCGAA